AUGGAUUCCUACCCACCAGGCCUAGCGGAUGACUCUCAGUUGGAUGAUCAUAAUGCUGCUCUCGGCAGAGCUCGACCACGUCGACACGAUGACGAAGAUGAAGGAUCGGAUAUCCUAGAAGAUGACGACUUGGAGAGUACUAUCGGAGGUCCCGCCAACGGAAAUCAGAAAAGCCAGGGAUAUGCGGAGGAAGAGAAGGAGCUCCCUGCUCAUGCAUGCGCGUACUGUGGCAUUCAUAACCCUAGCAGUGUUGUGAAAUGUCUUUCCUGCAACAAAUGGUUCUGUAGCGCCCGCGGCAACACUUCCUCUUCUCACAUCGUCAAUCACCUUGUUCGUGCUCGUCACAAGGAAGUUCAACUUCACGCGGACUCUUCCCUUGGAGAUACUAUCCUCGAAUGUUACAACUGCGGUACCAAGAAUGUUUUCCUGCUCGGCUUCAUCCCCGCGAAAUCAGACACGGUCGUUGUUCUUCUCUGUCGUCAGCCAUGUGCGGCCAUGCCUUCUUCCAAGGAUAUGAACUGGGAUACUUCGCGCUGGCAGCCCCUUAUCGAGGACCGCUCUUUCUUACCCUGGCUUGUGGGCGCGCCCACUGAUCAAGAACAACUCCGCGCUCGCCACCUCAGCCCUCAACUGAUUGCGAAGCUGGAGGAAAUGUGGAAAGAGAACUCCCAAGCAACCCUGGAUGAUUUGGAGAAGGCUACAGCCGUUGACGAUGAACCUGCCCCCGUCCUCUUGCGUUACGAUGAUGCUUACCAGUAUCAAAAUAUCUUCGGUCCUCUCGUCAAGAUCGAGGCUGAUUACGACCGCAAGCUGAAGGAAUCCCAGUCCCAAGAUGGCCUUAUUGUUCGAUGGGAUCUUGGUCUUAACAACAAGCACCUUGCUAGUUUCGUUCUUCCCAAACUUGAACUAGGAGACGUAAAGUUGGCAGUUGGUGAUGAGAUGCGCUUGAAGUACACGGGAGAAUUGCGCUCCAAGUGGGAAGGUGUUGGCUACGUUAUCAAGAUCCCAAACAACCAGUCCGACGAAGUCACUAUCGAAUUGCGCUCCAAAGGCGAUCAUAAGUCUGUACCCACGGAGUGCACCCACAACUUCACCGCCGAUUAUGUCUGGAAGUCGACUUCAUUCGACCGCAUGCAGCUCGCUAUGAAGACAUUUGCUGUCGAUGAAAUGAGUGUUUCGGGUUACAUCUUCCACCGUCUCCUCGGUCACGAGGUUGCAGCUGCCCCAAUGAAGACUCAAAUUCCCAAGAAAUUCAGCGUUCCUGGUCUCCCAGAUCUGAAUGGCAGUCAAAUCAAUGCCGUCAAGAGCGUGCUUCAGCGGCCUUUGAGUUUGAUUCAGGGCCCACCCGGAACUGGUAAAACUGUCACUUCCGCCACAAUCAUUUACCAUCUAGCCAAGAUCAAUGGAGGUACGGUGUUGGUGUGUGCUCCAUCCAACGUUGCCGUGGACCAGCUUUGUGAGCGCAUCCACCGAACCGGUUUGAAGACCGUGCGUGUGACUGCCAAGUCUCGAGAGGAUGUGGAAUCCCCUGUCGGAUUCCUCUCCUUGCAUGAGCAAGUUCGCUUGAAUGAUAGCAACAUUGAAUUGGUGAAACUCAACCAGCUGAAGUCAGAAUUGGGCGAGCUUUCCAGUCAGGAUGAAAAACGGUUGAAGCAGCUGACUCGCUCAGCGGAGCGGGAGAUAUUGAACAACGCGGAUGUCAUCUGCUGUACUUGCGUUGGUGCAGGUGAUCCCCGUCUUGCCAAGUUCAAAUUCCGAACUGUUUUGAUCGACGAGUCGACACAAUCUGCUGAGCCAGAGUGUAUGAUUCCGCUAGUCCUGGGCUGCAAGCAAGUCGUUCUGGUCGGUGAUCACCAGCAGCUUGGUCCUGUGAUCAUGAACAAGAAGGCAGCCAAGGCUGGACUGAACCAAUCUCUUUUUGAGCGACUGGUCAUCCUUGGUUGCUCGCCUAUCCGACUGAAUGUCCAGUAUCGUAUGCACCCAGGCCUUUCCGAAUUUCCUUCGAACAUGUUCUACGAGGGUUCUUUGCAGAACGGUAUUACCGUCCAUGAUCGCCUUCGCCGUGAUGUUGACUUCCCCUGGCCCAUGAUGGACAACCCGAUGAUGUUCUGGUCAAACUUGGGCAAUGAGGAAAUUUCGGCAUCAGGAACCUCUUACCUUAACCGUACCGAGGCAACAAACGUCGAGAAGAUUGUCACCCGCUUUUUCAAGGCAGGUGUGCAGCCCAAGAGUAUCGGUAUCAUUACUCCAUACGAAGGUCAACGAAGCUAUAUCGUAAGCUCGAUGCAGGCGAACGGAACGUUCAAGAAGGAGAACUACAAGGAAAUCGAAGCUGCAUCGGUUGAUGCAUUCCAGGGCCGGGAGAAAGACUACAUCAUUCUUUCUUGCGUGCGUUCCAAUGACCACCAGGGCAUUGGUUUCUUGAGUGACCCCCGCCGUCUCAAUGUCGCGCUUACUCGAGCCCGAUACGGCUUGGUCAUCCUGGGUAACCCGAAGGUGCUCUCCAAGCAUCCUUUAUGGAACAACCUUCUACAGCAUUUCAAGGAGCAGCACUGCCUGGUGGAAGGCCCUCUGUCAAACUUGCAAGAAUCGCUGAUUCAAUUCAGCCGGCCUAAGCAGGCCUACCGUGGCCCUCAGCGUUUCCAAAUGCCAUUCAGCCAAGCCUCCAACGCCAACAAUGCUCCUGUGAAUGGCCGCAAUGGUCAUCGCAACGAGUAUCAUGAUUCUGGCUCUGUCGUCGGCUAUAUUCCUGACGAUGUUUCUUCUGUUCACGGUUCUACCCUAGGCGGAGUUGGCCUACCUUCUUCUGGAUAUCCUCCGAUGUUCCAGAACUUCGCCGACCAGUGGCCGUCGCUAUCGGGCCGUCGAGCCAAUGGCGGCCGGCCCAAGGGCGCCCCCAGCGUUGCUGGAGAGUCCGUGGCUGCUACGGAAUCUGAUGUUACAGGAAGCAUCGUCGAUGGAAGGAGUGCUGACCAAGGUGGAGUGAGCCUGACAGGUUUGAGUAUCAAUGAUAUGAGCAAGCAGCCCAGUCUCAGCCAGUCCGAUCGUCUGAAGCGCUACGUGGAAUCUGGUGGACGCGAGCCCUAUCGUGUUGGCGUUCCGGACAACGGUAGUAUCUUCGGAGGUAGCUCUGCCAGCAUUCGCGUCACUCGCCCGGGUGUCAACGUUCAUGACGACGAUGACGCCCGCAGUGUUUCUACCGCCUUUGCUAGCCAGGUUGGUGGCAACUAUGACUGA